AUGCCAUAUGAUAAAAGAAUAGCAAGGAAAGUAAAAAAGGUUAUUGAGAUCAAUUUUGGAUACUUGUUCUUAGUGACCCCAGGCAAUAUACCAUAUGAUAAAAGAAUAAUCAAAUUUUGGAUACUUGUGCUAAGUGACCCCAGGCAUAUACCAUAUGAGGAAAGAGUAGCAAAUAAGAUAAGGGUUAUUAAGAAAACGUCCAAGAUGUCUUUAUCGAAACCAGUCUAUAAUUUCCUAGGAUGGUAUCUCGAACAGUUGUUCAAUCAUCCAUUAAUUACAAAAUCAGUAUCAAGUGCUGUUAUAGCUUCUUCUGGAAAUUUAGCAUCGCAGUUGGUAGCUGGUAAUAGAAAUAUAAGUUUUGAAAGCAUAGGAUCAUUUGGACUAUUUGGAUUGUUGUUUGGUGGGCCUGUACCUCAUAUAUUCUACAAAUGUCUUGAAGAUAUACUGCCAGCAAAUGGAUCAAACGGACGAAUUAUUACAAAAUUUUUAAUAGAACGAUUAUUAUACACUCCAUUCUUCCAAAUACUUUCCCUAUACACAUUAGCCAGGUUUGAGGGUAAAUCUCAUGGAUUAGCUUAUAAUCAGCUCAUGCAUUUAUUUUGGCCUGUGCUCCAAGCGAAUUGGAGAUACCUAUCACUACUAGUAUUUAUAAAUAUUAAGUUUGUUCCACCUAUGUUGCGAGUUUUGGUUGUAAAUUUGAUUGGCUUUUUCUGGGCUAUGUUUUUGGCAAAUAAACGCAGACAGCAAAAUGAGUCGAAGAAAACUUAUGGUAAAAAGAGGGUCUAGGGUCAAAAGUCUUUGUAAUAUUAUACCAUAGGUAUAUUUAUCUAUCAUAUAUAAAUAAGGCUUAAGGGAGUCAAUUAUAUUUUUGUACAAAAUUUUAGAAUGUUGGAAAGUUUUUUAUAACCAGUGGCAGUUCAAAUUAUUAUAUUAA